AUGACUUCUACUGCAGGUCGACUGGCUCGUGAAAAGCAAAAGCAAGGAGGUCUCGGCUCCAAAAACAACGCUGUAAAGUUCGCGCAGCAAGAUUAUGAGAUGCUGCGGCAGCAGUGUUUGACCAGCGGACGCCUGUUCGAGGACGACACCUUCCCUGCUGGUCCUAUGUCACUGGGAUUCAAAGAGCUGGGGCCUUAUUCACACAGAACCAGAGGGGUGGAGUGGAAGAGGCCCAAGGAUCUGUGUUCCAACCCAACGUUCAUAAACAACGGAGCCACAAGAACGGACAUUUGUCAAGGAUCUCUUGGUGACUGUUGGCUGCUGGCUGCUAUCGCCUCUCUGACUCUGGACCAGAGGAUCCUGGCUCGUGUGGUUCCUCCAGGACAGAGCUUCACUGAAGGAUAUGCUGGAAUAUUUCACUUUCAGUUUUGGCAGUUUGGUGAAUGGGUGGACGUCGUGGUGGACGACCGCUUGCCCAUCAGAGAUGGGAUGCUUCUUUUUGUCCACUCCGCCGAAGGCUCAGAGUUUUGGAGCGCUCUCCUGGAGAAAGCUUACGCCAAGGUCAAUGGUUGCUACGAGUCACUGUCAGGAGGAAGCACCAUCGAGGGUUUUGAGGAUUUCACCGGGGGCAUUGCAGAAAUAUACACCCUGGCAAAAGCUCCACCGAAUUUCUUCCAACUCAUCAGAAGGGCCUUGAAGCUGGGCUCACUGCUGGGCUGUGCUAUUGAUAUCGCAAACCAGAGUCAGUCAGAAACCUACACGCCUCUCAAACUGGUGAAAGGACACGCCUACUCUGUGACCGGCGCAGAAGAGGUGAACUACAGAGGCAGCACCACCCAGCUGGUGCGUAUCAGAAACCCCUGGGGUCAGGUGGAGUGGACUGGGCCCUGGAGUGAUGGAUCCAGUGAGUGGAAAUACAUAGAUCAAGCAGAGAAAUCCAAGCUGAACCACGUGUCAGACGAUGGAGAGUUCUGGAUGUCUUUUCAGGACUUCAGCAAGCAAUUCACCUCGGUGGACAUCUGCAACUUGACCCCAGAUACUAUUUUGAGCGACGACGUCGGACAUUGGAACCAUUACCAGUUCGAUGGCAUGUGGAGGGUCGGAUCUACGGCCGGAGGCUGUCGCAAUUACGCAGCAACGUUUCCAUCGAACCCCCAGUUCGUGGUGUGUCUGGAAGACGUGGACGACGACCCCCUGGAUGGAGAGGACGGAUGCACCUUCCUGGUGGGUCUGAUGCAAAAGGGCAUCCGAAGGCAGCAGAGGCUCGCUCGUGAGAUGGAGACUAUCGGCUUCGCGAUCUACAAGGUUCCCGAUGAGUAUAAAGGGCGCAAAAAUGUCCACCUUGGUCCCGACGUCCUCCUGCGUCAGAGAGCUGUGGCCAUGAGUGGCAGCUUCAUCAACUUGCGUGAGGUGUGCGGCCGUUUCAAGCUUCCUCCGGGAGAGUAUGCGAUCGUACCCUCCACCUUUGAGCCUCACAAGAACGGCAGCUUCCUGCUGAGGGUCUUCACUGAGAAACAGGCCGACACCAGCCCUCUGGAAGAGGACAUCAAGGCAGAUGUCAAAGAGACUGCAAUAUCAGAGAAUGAUGUCGAUCCCCAUUUCAAGAACAUUUUCAGGCAGAUUGCAGGAAAUGACAUGGAAGUCUCUGCUUUUGAACUCCAGCGGAUUUUGAACAAUGUUGUUUCUCACAAAUCUGAUCUCAAGACCGACGGCUUCAGCCUGGAGACUGUUCGUCUGAUAAUCAGCCUGAUGGAUAGAGACGAAAGUUCCAAGUUGGGACUCAUUGAGUUCCACAGUCUUUGGGACAAAAUCCAGAAAUACCUGAAAAUCUUCAGAAACCAUGACCAGGACAACUCUGGCACCAUGAGCUCACAUGAGAUGAGGGGAGCUGCCAUUCAAGCCGGCUUUCAGAUCAACAGUGCCGUGCUGCAGGCCAUCGUCAGCCGAUACGCUGACGCUCAGUACGCCAUAGAUUUCGACAGUUUUGUCGGCUGUCUCAUUAAAGUGGAGAUGCUCUUCAAAAUGUUCAAGGCGCUGGAGCACUCAGGCAAAAUACAGUUGGAUAUGCAACAGUGGCUGUGCCUGGCGAUAUACUAG